AUGUCUCAAGGAUACAACUUCAACGCCAACUCAUUUGUUCCAGGAAGUACUCAGGUAGUGAAAUCUCCUGGCACGGGACCUGGAUCGAGUCCUGAUUCUAGUAACCUUAAAGUUGCUACGUUGAAUGCUUCUCGUACAAAGUCCAGUGACGGUGCUGAUACUCCAACUGGCAAACGAAAUGGCAGUCGUAGAAACAGCAACAAUGGUAAUGACACUGGCCACGGUCUGAAAACUGGGAAUAUGAAUGCCAAUCAGCAUAGAACUUCUCGUAAUAACGGUCGUGGUAAUAACAACAACAAUAAUAACAGUAACGACAAGGGAGGAGCGAAUCGUAAAUCCAAGCCAAAUGGUGGUGGAGGUGGUAGUCGCAAAGAGUCAAGACGGGGUGGUAACGAUCUCUCUCUGUCUGAUAUCCUACAGAGUGAGAACCGGAACAAGCGUGGUGAGAUUUCUAUUUCUCAUUUGGUUGAUCUCAGUCCUGGUCCUGAACAUAGACAGAGCCAGUCUGGACGUAGAAGAGUGCCUGGAGCUGGAUCAACUUACUCUUCUUCAUAUUACUCUGACUCGUACUACUCACAUUCGAACUCAUAUUUGGACAAGGUCUCCUAUAUCAACAUGACUUGUCGAUUUGUGCUGGAUCCUCGACUCGAGUAUAAGUUUCUCUUGAAUGACCCAGAUUCACAUGUUCCCAUGGAACGGGUACUUCGAGUGAUUUGCCAACCUGCUACAUGUCCUAUAUGCUUGGAAGCUAUUCCUGAAGCACCGCGAAUGCUUGAAUGUGGUCAUUUGAUCUGUUAUCCCUGCUUGUUCCGUUAUUUGGACGCCGAUAAGUUUGAAGUAAAUCCAUCUCCACCGAGACCAUCAGCCGGUGCUGCUAGCACUACUGGUAGUAGUGGCAGGAAAAACAAGGAGUGUCCACUUUGUUUUGACCGCAUUCGAAUCGAGAAAGUGAAACCGGUGACCCUAGCUGAUGUUGGUGAUGACAGGUUUGAUGCUCCCAAGGUCGAUGGGGAAGCGAUAUUGCGACUCAUGUUCCGACCUAAUGACAGUCUUUUAUCCAUUCCUCGAGAUACUGUGGGAGCCAAGAAAUCCGAUUUUUACGACCUGCCUUUGGUAUCUGAGAAAGACAUCAGUCAAUGUUCUCGACUUGUCAGGGGAUCAGUGGAAUAUGCAAUUUCCGAGUUCCAACGUGAGAUUGCUGAGCUUAAGAAAUCCCGCGAGGAAAAUCGACUUAUGUAUCAGGAUGAUGGGUACUGGCAUACCGAGGCUAUCAAGAUGAUCCAGGAGAUGAUUCGCAUAUAUAGCUCGGAAAGUGGACUGGAAAUCAACGAUAAAGACGGUAUUACUGGUAGUGCAGGCACUACUGCCCCGACUUCGUCAGCCAACUCGCCAAUUUCAGGCCCUUCACAGCCAUCAACCGCUGCCAGUGCAAUUCAUUCUGGUCAAAGCACUCCUCAAAUCCAUCAAAUUGGUGAGUGGCAGAUAGAAGGCGAUGUUCCUAUGGGAUCUUUUGAUUCAGAUGUUAAAGAAGAGGUAGAAGAGUCUAUUUCUGAGCCGAUUAUAGAAGAGUCGGUGAAGAACCAGUUGAGCUCGCUAUCUCUGAAUGAAGAGCCUGUUAAAGACAUCCAGUUGGCGAAUGCUCAAUCUGAGAAGUUUUAUGGUCGAUACAACGACGAAAGUGCAUUCUUCUUCUAUCAAACGGGAAGCUUGGAAUCUUCAACAAAGUACUUUUUGGCUCCGUUGGAUAUUCGCAUAUUGAAGAAGGCGUUUGGUAGUUACAGUGAGUUUCCGGCAAUUAUUGUCGUCAAAGUGGAGAACAUUUUGAACGGGACAUCAGUAAACGAUCAACUGAAGAAGCGAAUGAAGUAUCUGGGCCACCUGCCGACACAAACACCAGUCGCGUUCUUGGAAUGUGAUUGGCGAGACGUUGUUCCAGGUGAAGUUCUGAGAUCUUUCAGCAAAGAACUGCAACUUAGGAAGAAGAGGAAACAGGAUAAAGAAAAGAGGGAAGAUCGAGAUCAGAAGCGUAUUCAGAAAGAGCAAGAGGAACAGUUCAGAAGAGACCUUCUGCAAGAGUCAAACUCGCCAUUUUCAUAUCCAGUCGGUUCAUUAGGAUCACCUCCCAUGAACGCAUACGACGAUUCCGCCGACCCAGUGCUUGCACCAGUUCCAACUCUCCCCGUGUCCCCUAUACUUGGUAGCAGCGAUAGCAACGAUGGCUCGUCGUCGCCAUGGGGAAGCAAGACCUCGUUUGCCCAAGCUGCAUCUAUCUCGAAAGCAGAGCAAGACGGCCGGAUCAUCGAUGAACUACUCAGCGAGGCCGAACAACGCAAAGGUCGUGGAGGACGAAAGAAACUGGUUCUCAUGUCCAAUCGGCACUGA